AUGGAAAGUGAAACUGAAAGAAAAAUAGCGAGACUGGAGUUGGAGAUUCUUGAACUGAAAAUACAGCGUGGAAAAGGGGCAGAUAAAUCUUCAGAAGAGUCGAAACCGACGGGAGAAAAGUCUUCAUUGAGUGACCUAGAGUUGGAAAAAAGAAAAGUUGAUCUUCAAUGCCAAAUCUUGACAGGGAAAAUUAAUCGAAAGAAACCACUUUUUGGAGCCCCUGUAAGAGAAAAGACGGAGGAAAAAUUGGGGCCUUCGGUGAAGGAAAUCCGACUGAAACGUGAAGAAAAACGUUUGGGGAUUGAAAUGUUAAAAAUUAGAUUGGAAACAACAAAAGCAGGAGCGACGACAUCCGUGGAUCAGGGAGAAAGAUUGGAACAAAUAAAAGGAAACGAGGAGUUUUCAGUGAAGGAAUUGGGAUUGGAACGAGAGAAAAUGCAGUUAGAGGUUCAGAUAUUGGAUAUACAAUUGGAACGAAAAGAAUCAGAAAUGAAAUUUGUGGAAAAGGCAAUGAUGGAAGAGGAACAAUCGAAAGAAAGAUUGGAACCUUUAUCGAUGGAAUUGGGACUGGAACGAAAGAGAAAAGAGUUGGAGUCUCAAAUAUUGGAAAUGAAAUUGCAACAGAUGGGGACAGAAUUGGAGGUUAUUGAAAAGGAAAUUGAGAAGGAACAAUCGAAAGGAACAUUAGAGCCUUCACCGAUGGAGUUAGAACUGGGACGAAAGAAAAGACAUAUAGAGUCUCGAGUUAUGGAAAUGAAUUUGGAACGAGAGAAAGCACAAUUGGAGUCUCAAAUAUUGGGAAUGAAGUUGGAACGAAUAGAGACAGAAGCGAAGUUUGGAGUGAAGAGAAAACAGCAACCUUCGCCAUUAGAACUUAAACUUACAGAGAGGAAAGCGCAUUUACGGUUUCAGAUCUUGGGAAUGAAAUUCAGACGGGAAGAGUUAGAACUGCGAUCUCUAACGAUGAAAGAAAUUCUCCUGGCAAGAAAUAAAGCUCCUUUGAAUAGCGAGGAUGUUAUUGCUUCAAGCGGUUCCACCAACCGAAUUGGAGUAAUGAAAAAUUCGAAUAAUAGCUAAAAAUGUGGUUUAAUAAGACAUUUCAGUAAAUUAAGAAGUGUCUGGAAAUUCUCCUUACACUUCACUUUAAUGUGUGUAUGUUAGUUUACAUCGCUGGGUUUAUAGAGCCAUAAAUAAUUUCACAAUGGAUUGCACCUUCAUAUUUAAUUAAGUAUAAAAAUACUUUCAGAACGAUUCUUAACUAACUUUUCCGAAGUAAAAUGGGAAGGGAUGUAUCAUGUAAGCAUUUUGUUACUUUGAUGAAAUAUGUGUAAUUGUAAUUGAACCAUUUACUAAUAAUGUGUUCCGUAAAUCUAUAUAAUCUUUGAAAUCUUUGAAAUAUAUACAUAACGAUAGACUAAGUAUUACU